AUGGAGAAUCUGGAUGGGAAGCGUCAGUGCGUGCCACCAGGGGGCGCAGGUGUGCCUCCCGUGAGUGGCCUCAGUGAUGCCCUCGGGCCUGCUUUCUCACAGGAACCUGGGGACGGCCAUGUCGACAGUUGGGCCACCGCGCAUUCUCUGCAGCACACUCAGUACUCGCUGAACGAGUCUGGCUUCACGAGCGAGUGCUCGUGGUGUUCGCUGUGCUCGUGGUGUGUUCAUGGAAGUGCACAGUUGAGUGUCGAGAGCACAACCCAUGCUGAGCACACACACUGGUGUGUAUCUCACUGUGAAGUGAACCGUGAGGUCGCGCUCUGUGAGCUGUGCUGCGUUCAGGGGGGCAGCAUCAGUGCUUCUGCUGCAGAUGGUUCAGGUUCAGAACCAGGAGGGAAGACCCUGGCCCCACCCACAGGAGGGAAGACCCUGGCCCCACCCACAGGGGGAGGGAAGACCCUGGCCCCACCCACAGGGGGAGGGAAGACCCUGGCCGCACCCACAGGGGGAGGGAAGACCCUGGCCCCAUCCGCAGGGGGAGGGAAGACCCUGGCCCCAUCCGCAGGGGGAGGGAAGACCCUGGCCCCAUCCACAGGGGGAGGGAAGACCCUGGCCCCAUCCACAGGGGGAGGGAAGACCCUGGCCCCAUCCACAGGGGGAGGGAAGACCCUGGCCCCAACCACAGGAGGGAAGGCCCUGGCUCCACCCACGGGAGGAGGGAAGACCCUGGCCCCACCCACGGGAGGAGGGAAGACCCUGGCCCCGCCCACGGGAGGAGGGAAGACCCUGGCCCCGCCCACGGGAGGAGGGAAGACCCUGGCCCCGCCCACGGGAGGAGGGAAGACCCUGGCCCCGCCCACGGGAGGAGGGAAGACCCUGGCCCCACCCACAGGGGGAGGGAAGACCCUGGCCCCACCCACGGGAGGAGGGAAGACCCUGGCCCCGCCCACAGGGGGGAAGACCCUGGCCCCACCCACGGGGGGGAAGACCCUGGCCCCACCCACAGGGGGAGGGAAGACCCUGGUCCCUGCCGCCUCCCAGUCCCCUAGACUCCUCUCCCCAGCACCCCUGCCUGCCACCCCCGAGUCCCCGGGGCCCCUUCACCAGCACCCCUGCCUGCCAUCCUCAGACCCCUCAUCCUGGCACCUCUGCCUGCUGCUCCCCCUGCCCACCGUCGCUCGGGCCCCUCCCCCAGCACCUCUGCCUCCUGCUCCCCAGGCCCCUUCCUCUGACACCCCUGCCUGCCGCCAUCCCACCCCAGCCCCCCCUGGCCCAUCCCCAGCACCUCUGCCACCCCCCCGCAGUUCCCCAGUCCCCUCUCCCUGGCACCCCUGCCUCCUGCUCCCCCCACCCUUCCCCCAGGCCCUCUCCCCGGCACCCCUGCCCACCCACCCCAGCUUUGUGGGCUCCCUCUGUUCCUUCUGCUGGCUUUUAUGA